UUUAGAACAUUUUUGAAGACAAAUUAAUAAUGAUAAUGACAACGGGCUUGAAAUAAAAAAUGAACCCCAAAAUAAUGAUUUGAUUGACAAUGAUGAAGAAGAAAUGAUCAACCGAUAUCAACGACGUCGUCCACGUCGACGAAUUGAUAUCGAACAUUUGAAUCAGGAUUUAGAAGAAUUCCGGAGAUUGAAUUUUAUCGAUUCAGUUCCUAAUGAUAGAAGUGAUGAUGAAUCAUCAAAUGAACAACAAAACAGAGGCCGAAUUCCUUGGCAUUAUCGUAAUGGCCAUGCAAAUGACCAACAUGAAGUCCCAUUUGAUGGGCUGUUUGAUGAAAACAAUAAUCGGGUAGAAAUGCCAGAAACUCAUGAUUCGGUUGAUGAUCUUCUUGAAGAAGAAAUUAUUAACCAAUAUUAGCGACAUAAUUCACGUAAUAUUUAACGGAAUAAAACACAAAAACUUUGUACA